GAAAAUAUUUCGAACGAACGAUCAUAUGAGUUUUCGAUGAUUAGUUAAUGCAAUUUUUAUGCAUGUUCAGUGCUCGACUAGCUCUGUGCUUUUAUAAAUAAUUAUCGAAUACCUACCGAUAUUUAGGUUUGAGAAAAAAACUGGCUUGAUUCAAAGUGUUUUUACAUUAGAUUAUGGAUGACGAGCUUGAAGACAGGAUUUUAUAUCAGACAUAUGUAUCACACAUGAAGCUAGUGUCAAAAUUUGCAGUGGGCAUUCCUACUGGAUUAAAUGCUGGGAUAAACACUCCUUUGGGCUAUUUUUGGAGAAUCAUGAGAGCUUAUGCAUUGAAGCCAGAAGUGUUAAUUUGUGGUGCAGUUUUGGCAAUAAUUCUAUUUUACAUACAAGCAGUUGACGUAUGGAGCCGAUCAUUAUUAGGAAAAAUUCAAUACACGCUUGGGCGUACUACAUCAAAAGUAUCAAAACUACAGUUUUUAGUUAAUGAUUCUGUAAAUAAUGGGGUGAAACUUAGCUGGGAAUUAAAACAAGGAUAUAUUGCUGCUUAUGCUGUUCAAGGUCAUAGAGCUCGUAUGGAAGAUCGUUUUGUUGUAAAUGAAGAUAUGAAUAAUACAGGAGUAUCUUUGUUUGCAGUAUUUGAUGGACAUGGUGGAGAAUUUGCAGCGAACUAUGCACGUGAUAAACUUAUUCCAAACAUUAAUAAAAAGGUGAUUGAAUUAAAAGAUAUAAUAGCUGGCAGAGCACCACGUGUGUUAGAAGAUACAAGGAAAGAUGAAGAAACAGAGAAAAAAGAGGAAAAAAGUGAUACCGGACUUCCUGAACGGAAAAAAUCUUUUCGUAAAACCGUAAGCACAUCAGUAACAGAUGAUUGUAUGAAAAAAAAUGGUGGUGUAACUGACCCAGAACUUCUUGAUAAACUGGAUAGUCUACAAAGACCAAUUACAAGAGAGGUAAGACCAUGCAGAACAACAGACAAGCCACCAAAAAUAGAUAUCACAAAUUAUUUGGAUGGAAAUAAAAUAAACUAUGGUAAACUACUAACUGAUGAAGUGUUAGCAGUAGAUAGAUUAUUGGUUGAAGCUGCUAAAAAAAACAUGGAUGUGGCUGGUACAACUGCCUUGAUUGCUCUUUUAGAAGACAAUAAAUUAAUUGUGGCAAAUGUUGGAGAUUCAAGAGGUGUAAUGUGCGAUGGAAAAGGCAAUGCUAUACCUUUAUCCUUUGACCAUAAGCCUCAACAAGAAAGAGAAAGAAGAAGAAUAAAUAAAGCUGGUGGUUUAGUAACAUUCAAUGGUGUGUGGAGAGUUGCGGGUAUAUUAGCAACUUCUCGGGCUUUAGGAGACUAUCCAUUAAAGGAUAAGAAACUAGUAAUCGCUGAUCCAGAUAUUUUAACUUUCGAUCUUAGUGACCAUAAUCCAAUGUUUAUUGUUCUGGCGUCAGACGGUUUGUGGGAUACGUUCACAAAUGAAGAGGCUGUAGCGUUCAUUAAGGAACGUAUAAAUGAGCCACAUUUUGGUGCAAAAAGUAUCACAUUACAAAGCUAUUACAGGGGUUCGGCUGACAAUAUUACUGUAGUUGUAAUUAAUUUAAAGGAUCGUACAUACAGCAUAUCAGAGGCCAAAAAAAGUCUAUAAUGUUUUAA